GAAGAAACAACAACAGCAACAGCAGCACUCGAAGCACUAGCACUAGCACCAGCACUCGCAUUAGCAGCAGCAGCAGAAAGUGGCUGUCUUCGUUCUCGUCUUGUUCCCAGGAGUCCCGCAUUGCAGUAUCACUCUGUAUUCACGAUACACAAAGCUCACUUCGCACAGCAUAAACAUUUUGCUACGGUUCGUUAGUCAAGUUGCGUCCGACACAUCAUCACACACACGUCCACAUAUAGUUCAGCUUAGAUUACCGUCAUGUCUAGGGAACAAUCGCAAAUUCAAGUCGACGAUGAAAAUCAGCAGCAUCAGCUCUUGAGAGCCAAGUCCGAUGCAAACCUUGUCAAUAGCAAUG